AUGGAGGCCCAGAUGGAGAGCGCAGUGGGUGAAUUCACGGACGCACUGGGACUGCCCAGCUCACCAACGGGGGGUCGGACGACGCCCACGCAGAGCUAUAUCCUGGUCCGCGAGGACUCGGCAUCGUACAGUCCAUGUCGCCGUCUGCGAUCGAGUCGUGCGGACGUAUUCCACCACGCAUGGGGCAAGGGGGAGAGCAAUGGUUCUGCCACCGCCGCCCUGAAACCCGCCCCUCGUUCUCGUUUCGCAUUCCCAUUGUGGUUGACGAUCGCGCUCUCUUCGCAUUGGGCGAUGCUUAUUCCUCCACGCCACCAAAAGAGGUGCAACGGAUAUCGGCACCUGGCCUGCGGCGCCGCCUAUGCAGUGAUUGGGCCAAGUGGGAAACCAAGUCCCACUUCGAGGUAUCGACGCCACGCCCGCCACACUAGCGCAGGACGCGCGGACGGUGUUAGCGAGAUUGUGCCGCAGCUGCCCCCCGAACCAGGGCGCGGAAGGAGUCAAAGCGAUGAAACGCACAGCUGUUAG